AGGGUGAGUGUGAGAGGAUGAGAGUGAGCGUGAGAGAGGGUGAGUGAGAGAGGGUGAGUGUGUGAGUGUAAAGAGGGGUGAGCGAGGACGCGAUAAGGUGAGCUAGGUUGGUAAGGGGAGUGAGAGAGAUUUCGGCUGAGUGAAUCCCCCCGGGCAGGAGGAGGGAGGGUGGAGGCGAUGGAGCGACGCAUCGAGUGCAUCCUCUUCAGCGAGUUCCAUCCCACGGCAGGGCCCAAGAUCACGUUCCAGGUUCCAGAGGAUUACAUCUCAAAGGAGUUCUUUGAUACCAUUCAAGUUUACAUCAUCACCAAACCUGAACUACAAAAUAAACUUAUUACAGUGACGGCUCUUGGAAAGAAGGUGAUUGGCUGCCCGGUGUGCAUCGAGAACAAGAAGUAUUCUCGCAACGCGCUGCUCUUUAACAUGGCCUUGGUGUGCGAUGCGGCUGCCAAGACCUGUUCUCUGGAGCCUAUCGUUAAGAAGCUCUCCACCUACCUCAAGACAUUGGAGCAGGAGAAUGGAUUCAUCUCCAACGAAGAGAGUAAGCAGAGGCUGCCGCGCAUCAUGGCCGAGCUGUUGUCGGAGCUCAAUUCGUCCGGGAGAUGCUCCAUUCCUGUCGACGAGUCCAACACGAUCCACGUGAAGGUGGUCCCACAGCGACGUGCCCCGGCCGUGGUGCAGGAGUACGACGUCCCCGUGUUCACGGAGCCCCGCGAUGCUCGCGACUUCAGCCAGUGGGACCUCACCACCCAGCAGAUUGUGCCGUAUAUGGACGGGUUCCGGCAGGUGCGAAGGAUCGCCGACGAGGCUGAUGUGGAGCUCAACCUCGUGCGCAUUGCCGUACAAAACCUGCUGUACUAUGAUGUAGUCACCAUUGUUCCUAUAUUCCAGUAUUCCAAUGUGUACUGCCCAACGCCUGGGCUGCAGCAGCUGACCGAUGACAAGGCUCUACAGGAGGAGUGUCUCGCCUACAUCACCAAGCCAGGUCACAAGCGCGUGUCCCUGCGGGAGGCAUUCCUUCUCUACUCAGGCCUGAGUCCUGGGACCACGGUCCGUGACCUGUGCCUGCGACACUCGCCACUCAUGCAGCACGUGGACGAGAGGAAGCUGGUGCAGUUUGGAGUGAUGCGGGGCAUGAUCCGCCGCUUGCACCGCUUCCCGCUGAAGCUCACGGGGGAGGGAAGAGGAGGGGACGAGGGGAGGGAGGGGAAGGGGAACGAGGGGAGGACAGGCGAAGGGAGGGUCCGAUCCUCGCGCUGGUUCUCCGGCUGCCACAGUCAGGACCACAUCAGUUGCCACAAAGGUUUAAGCUACCGGGAAUUGGAAGACAUUAUCGACAGUGACCCAAAUAUACUGGUGUGUUGGAAAUAACAGCACACCAACAACCAUAGGCGGUCUUGUACUUACGCUGUUAACAAUUGUUUUGUUGACUGUUAAUUAUAUAUUAGAGUUGCACAUUAUUUAUUAUGGGAUAAUGUUAAUGUUUCCUUUUCAUAUGUAAUACAAGGUAUGUGUAAUAAAGAUCAUUGUGGGUUUUUUGUUUAAGUAUGACAAAGUCUUUAAAAUGUAAAAAAUAUUUUACAUGACACUGGUUCGGGCCUCGAAGGAAUUGUUGGACUUUACGUGUCGCUAAAUAAAGGAAGUUACAUCGGAAGAACCUGUCUUUUUUUAAGACAUCUGUCCAGUCUCUUUGGGCCGCUUAUAAUGUAAAUGUACAUGUUGGGCAUGUUUUAGUUGCGUUACAAAUGCUGUAUUCCGCAUGUUUUGGAAACAAUGUACAGUACCUUAUUCGGUUGAGUGACAUGCUAUAGAAUAUUUCUGCCCCAACAGACUCAAAUUGCCAGAUCAAUGUUCUUUAUUGAUUACAUUUGCAGAAUUCAGCAUUGUUUCUUUUGACAUGAACUCACUUGGACCACGGUGUUUACAGUUCAGUUUGUGUUUAUGAUAUUGCGCUUGAUUAUAUAACUAUCUUGUUUCUGAUGCCAAUAUUGUGAUCAUUUCUAAGUAAACCUUUGAAAGCCCACAUGCUGCUUGGAACCAAUCUGGCUGUUAAGUUGCAUAAAGCAUGUGUUUGUUCUUCACCUGUGUAGGAUCAUGAAGCACAUCAAUAUUUAGUCUGAUCAUAGUUCACCAUGUUGGACAAUGCGGGUUGGUUAAGUUUGAAGAUGCUCGAGAACAGUUAAGAUUUCACUCGGCACUGGCUUUAUCCAGCAAUGGCCAUAACACAUGACAUGUAUUCCUAUUUAUAUUUUAAGUGCAGUUAGUAUUAUUUCAUCCUGCCGCUGGUUGGAGACUCAUGAUUCGUUGUUGACUUGUAAAUGUGAAUGUUUAACUGAAAUGUAAAUGUCUUUCACAAUGUGUUGGACAUAUUUGCAAUCUUUAAUAAUAAAGACCGCAUACCCACGUU